AUGGCCAGUCCAACGGGCCACACUCUUUUCAAGAAGAAAGAGGGCACCCUGUCCUUCAGCAGUGAUCAUGGAGCGAUAACUUGGACACCAGCAUCAGGAGGUCCUGCAACGGUCUCACUACCAAUUACCAACAUAACUAAUCUUCAGCAAACCCCCGACAGCUCUCCGAAGGUUAUGCUUAAAAUAUUCGAAAAGUCCGAGAGCGGAAACGACCCCGUCACAUAUUUAUUCCAUUUCAACACCCAGGAAGCUAAAUCAGAGGCCCAAGCAGUCAAAGAUCUACUUUCCCGACUUUUGGCUGAUCUCAGAAGCACCGAUGCAAAUGUGUCCAAGCUAGGUGCUGCGACUGGAGCGCCUGCAAAUGGCGAUGGCUCAGCAAGCGCCUCUGCCACUCUAGGAUCCUCCAAUGGCAUAAAUUCACAAUCAAUGUCUCCAAAAUGGUUCGAUGAUAACCAGCUGAAAAUGAAUAUUGAGCUACAGCAAUCUCUCAUGAAAAAAGACAAGAGCCUGCAUCAAACCUACAUGAGCGCUAUAUCGACUAAGCCAGAUUCAAUGACCAGCGCCGCCUUCAACUCCCAAUUCUGGUCCAUGAGAAUAAAUCUGCUAAGAGCUCAUGCUAUUGAAAUCAACCAGAAAAAGGGGGCAUAUAAUGUUCUUUCUACUGUUAAACCUCGGACCGUUGACGGAGAAUUAAAAUUAAACAUCAGCGUCGAGCAGGUCCAAAUGAUCUUUGCUCAGCAUCCGUUAAUCAAGCGAAUUUACAAUGAAACCGUACCGAGACUCUCUGAGGCCGAAUUCUGGUCGCGAUUCUUCCUCAGCAAGCUAGCCAAGAGACUCAAAGGGGAACGCGUCACCGAUAACGACCCUGCAGAUGCUAUCUUCGACAAGUACAAUGCUGAUGGCAAUACGUUUGAUGCUCAAGCGAAAAUUAUGAGCCAACCUGUUCCUCACAUAAUCGACAUUGAGGGUAAUGAGGAGAACCAGGGAGGAUUCAAAGGAGGCAACGCCAAGGAUGUCGAGAUGCGACCUCGAGCUAAUAUCCCCAUUGUCAGGACGCUCAAUAACUUGAGCGAGAAAAUCAUGGCAAAUGUUCCUCCCUCGGAUAGCACUGCCAUUGAUUCAAAGGGACUUUACGACACGUCCCGAGAACUAAUUCUACGAGAUUUAAGGGGAGAGGGGGAGGAACAACGGAUCAUGCUCAGUAUCAAAGAGAGGAAUAAUUUUUUCUCAUCAAAAGAUUCCCCAUCGCUAAAAAAUAGAGAUAUCGUCGAGAAUCAGCAGCCUAGCGAAAUUCUUACCAAAAUGCAAAAUCUAUAUGCAGCCGGGAAUGAUAAGACUGGAGACAAUGGGCUUCAAAUUAACAUAGAACUCGAGUUAGAUAGUGAUAGCGACAAAGAGACGAAGCCUGGGCUCAAUACUGCUCGUGGUGCAAUCAAAGAGGCAGAAAAGGAUGUCAUGGCUGGCAUACACCAACAACGCUCCCAGAAAUACGGAGGCGCCUCAGAUGAUACCUCUCCGAUGGGAAUUCCCCCCCAAAUUUCCGACAAAUCCGCUCUUACUCAUGCCACAACCAUUGAAUUUCUUCACCAAUUUUGGGAUGGUUUUCUUUCUGGCGACCCUGACCGGGCGAUGGAGGUCCAAUAUUUGGCUGAAUCACUAGCAAGAUCCACGACGCGCAUCCAGGCUGUAGCUGACGAGGCUGAGGCCGAACGCGACAUUAUUAUUCAGAAACGCAAGCAGGAGAUCCGUAGCCACUUCGAGCGCACAGGGAAGAAAAUCCGGUGGAAGCCAGACAUGGUGGGCGGUGGUCGUGAUGCUGUCUCCAAAAUAAUGCAGCCAACGUUGGAUGCACUACGACGAGCACAGGACUCUUAUUCCAAGGCAUUAGGAGAAGAAAACAUUCAAAUAUCGACGGAGAACACGUAA